AUGGAUCCACAUGUCGUUGCUGAGCAGAAUGAAUGCGAGGUGAAUGACCAUGCAAAGAGAAUGAACGAAUUUGAGUGCGGAAGUAUAUCUGCACAUGGGGAGAUAGGGAUUCUGCAGGAAGAAAGAAACAUUGUUCGUGUGAAAGUCCAGCAGAAAAAAGGCGCCAAGAAGGUGACUAUUAUUGAGAAUAUUCCUUUGGAUGUGAGAGAGAGUGUUCUUUGCUCAUUAAGGAAGGAAAUGGGAUGCGGAGGAAUUGUGCUUGAUGACAAGCUGUCGAUUCAGCUUCAAGGAGAUAAAACAACCAGCACAGGGCUUGUCAGUUCACUGAAGAAAUAUAUCAAGGGAUGCAAAGUGGAGAUGAACGGAAAGAUUAGCUGA